UUUGGUUUAUUUUUAUAGAAAGUAAAUUGAAAAUUUAUUGAGUAAUUAUGAAACUUCUAGUCUACAAUUAUAUGCAGGAAGAAACGGUGAUGUGGCAAACUAAAGCCAAAAUGGCCGCCAGAAUUGAUCGAAAAAUGUGCGCAGGCAUUUUUCAUUUGACCACGUAAGCUUACGGUAGCCAAUAACUUUGUUCUCCAGUCCCUUCUUCUCGAAUAAUAUCUUCACAAAAAUGAUUAAAUUUGCAAAUAUCGUUUCUGCGCAUGUCAAAAUUCUGACAAUAUAUAUAGUCCUCAUUGACGGGAAGAAAUUAUUAAUUCGAAAAAAACCGUCAAACACAGUUGUCACUAUUAAAUAAAAUAAUUUAUUUUCAAUUGUUUGAACAAAGUGACCAGACAUUAUAAAGAAAUUUAACAAAAAUAAUCACAAUGAUGUUGGUAAAGAAUAUUAUUUUGAGCGCAUUGUUAGCUAGUGUUUCGAGCUCGGAAUUUAACAACUUCAGUUUAUCACCAAAGAAUUCUCCAAUCACACACACAAAUAUGGCUCAACUUUUUGAACUGUGUUUUGCAAAUACAUCAAAUCCGAUAUUCAUAUCUGAGAACUUAGCAGAAACAUUUCAGAAAAAUCUGUCCAUUAAAAUAAAGGCGCCUGUCAUUAUCAUCAACAAAAAUUUUAUCGCCAAAAACAUUCAAAUGUAUUAUCCAACUCAUCCGAUGUAUAUUUUAUCAUUGUUGAAUUAUAUGGACAUGUAUGGACUUUUAAUCCAAUUGAUUUCUUCGCCGUUCUGGAGUCAAAAAUCAAAAUUUUUUCUGAUCCUCGAAACCAGAAACUCUUGCAACGAUGCGUAUGACAUUCUCAGCGUGAUGUGGAAGGUUCAACUGUUAUCAUGUAUCAUAGUGUGCCCCCGAACCGAUAAUGAAACCAGCCUAUAUACUUAUAAUCCAUACACAAAACGAGCACCCGACCCUUGGGUUGAAACUAAUAUAACCUGGCUUACCCCACGUGUUAUAUUACUGACCCUCUUCAAUCAAUCUUUUACUACUGACUAUAAAAUAUGUGAGACGAUCUUCUUUGAUAAAACUGAAAUCCUUGAUGGCUAUCCCGUUAAGGUUGGCUCAACUUUAAAUAAAACUUUUGAACUAGAUUUCAUAAUUAAUUCUUUAAACAUGACUCAACAAGUGACUUACUUCGGCUUGUAUAAUAUCACAUUCUUGUCGGUUUGGAUAAUACAAGGAAAUACCGAUGUCACUACAUUCGGCAGCAGUCAGGAAAACAAUAUGGUACACCCAGUGCCAAUGAGUCUGGAUGGAUAUUUCGUCAUAAUAACACAAAAGGCAAGUUUUUUAUCAGUGUCUUCUGAAAUUGCACAGGUAUUGGAUAUUAAUGGAGUCAUAGCUAUAAUUCUUUUUGUCCUUCUAAUCACCUUCUUGAUUGUAUUGCACAAUAAGUAUCAGAUCGGAUUGGCUGUUCUGGAUGUCCUGAAGAUGAUGAUGAGUAUGGGGAUCAACUCACCUCUCGACCGACUCGCCAUGAAAAUUACCUUCUUCACUGGCUUUUUGUUUGUGUUUAUAUUCAGUCCAUUGCUUGAGGGACAAUUACUUGCCACAAUAACUAACCCGGCGACUUACAAUAUGGAGUCUCUUAAGGACUUGUACGAUCAUAAGUAUUAUGUAAUUUAUCCAAUGCUGAUCCAUGAUAGUAUUCUAGAGAAAAACUUAUGGGACAUUAAUAAUGAAGAGGAAAACGAACACAUUUCUGCUUUAUUCGUAUAUAGCGAUACCGACAUUUGCUUAAAAUACGUUAUCGAAAUGAAGAAUGUGGCGUGUAUAACUAGUGAUUUUGAAUCGAUCGACUACGCUGUUAAACAUAAUUUGCAUAUAUCACAACCACUUUUGAAAAAAUCAAAUGUAUGUUUCACAAGACCAUUUUGGUCCUUGACGGAUCGAUUUUACUAUCAAGCUUUAAACUUGCAAGAAUUUGGACUCUUAGUUGAACCAUCCGAAAGAAAAUUAAGAAAAUUUCAUGAUAACCUAAAAAAAAAGAAAAGAAUUGAGAAAAGGGUUAACUACCAACCAGUUGACGCUGUAGAUUUGAUUUAUUUAUAUCAAUUUAUGGCAUUUUUCCAGUUCUUGGCAAUUAUUGUUUUUGGUAUUGAGUAUAUUGUCGGACGUCAUCGUCGUCCAAGACAAUAAAAAAUAAAUAUUCGUUAAUUUAAAUAUUCUAUCGACUAUCGACUUUGCACAAUUUGUGAGUGUGAAAUCAAACGUUUGACUAUCGGUUGUUUAUUCCAUAAUAAUAUUUAUCAAAAACCGCUUACGUAAUUUUUGAGUAUUUAAAUAUUACUUUAGAGGUUGCAGUAAUUAUGGUUAUAAUAAAAAAUAUAUUUUUCUCAACUUCCAAGUCGUGUUGUGGUAAUUUUUAAAUUUAUCUCUAAAUAAUGUAAAUUUUAUUUUAUACAAAAAAUAAAUAUUUUAUUGCGGCACCACAGAAGUAAUUAAUCUCAGUCUUGACCACGGUUCCAAGUAAUUUAUUGAUUCAAGUAAUUAAUUAUAAUUUAUAUCU